AUAAACGCCUUUGCUGUUUAAUUAACGAGAUUGAAGUUAGUCUUUCACUAAUGUAAUGUCCUAUGAUACCAAUUAGCUGAAGACCGUUUGAUUGUUUUGUUAACGUUUGUUUGUGUUUGCUUUUUAAUUGCCAUCAUACUAAUUAAACUUACAAUCAACAUUAAAACCAUUUGAUUCAUUGUGGCAGAAUGAUUAAAACUCAUUUCAUUUUAUUGCUUCUCAUUUCAUCCUUUAAAGGAGGACUUUUGACAAACGUUCAAAUAUUGGAAUGUAAAUUUACUGACAAUUUCUGUCAAUGGGAAGAUCAAGGUUGGGUUCUGGGCAAUUAUAGUUUACCUGGGUUUGGACAACCAGCUAAGCAAAUUGACAAUGGUGGAUUCAUUUAUACCCAAAGUCCAACCAAGCGAAGUGUUCUAGAGUCACCAAUAUUACAUGAUAAAGAACCCUUUUGUCUGUACUUUAAUUAUUUCAUGUUUGGUUUAUCAGUUGGAUCUUUAGAGUUACAAUUAGAAUCGGUAAUUGGAGCUGAUGUCUCAAAGUUUAACCAAACUGGGCAAAGUGUUUGGAGACAAGAAGGAUCCAAAUAUGAUGAUUGGAUCCUUGGUAAAUAUCAUUUUGAUCCUUCACAGCAAAAUGGUGACAUGUUUAGGUUAAAGUUUGUAGCAACGUCAGACGAUAUUGCUUUAGGUUCAAUUUUAGUUAAACCUGGUUCUUGUGAUUUUGAUUUUAAGUGUGAUUUUGAAAAUCCAUCUUUAUGUUUUUGGUUGGUUGAACCUGAUUAUCAAAGUAAUUUCCGAUUGUUUGUGUCGAAUGGAUCAAACUCUCAACAUGAUUUAGUUGGUUUCGAUGCAACAACUAAUACUGAAGCUGGUCAUUUCGUGAGAACUCCAACAAAUGGAUUUGUUGGUUCAUCUAGUGAUCUAAUCUCAACAAUUUACUUAUCAUCUAAUGAAGCCAAAUGUUUAUCCUUUCAACUUUUUGAGCAAAAAUAUCCUUCGGACACUCUUCAACUUGGCAUUCAAUCUAUAUCAGGAUCUCGCUCUACCGUCUGGAAUCAACCAUAUGUUAAUAAUCAACAAUGGGUUAAAGUUAAUGUAGACUUACCUCCUCUGGAUGAUUACAUUAAACUAAUUCUUUCAGCCUAUCGACACACGGAAAAAUCAACUCCAGUAGCGAUAGAUGAAUUGGCAGUGAGCCCUGAACCUUGCUCAUCUCAUGGUUCAUGUAACUUUAAUUCUGGUUUAUGUGAUUAUACAAUUCAAAGCGGGGAACUACUGGUUGGGUUUGGACGACUACCUUAUCCUGCGGCAAUCGAUUGGACACCACUUAAAAAUAUUGACCCAUAUGAUUUAUUUGUUUAUACAAAUACACAAAAAAAUGAUGAGUUGGUUUCGUACUCAUUGGAAAGCCCUUUUAUGGACCGAAGUCUAGGCAAAACCUGUUUAUCUUUUUCGUAUGCCUUAACAUUUAGCCGAGACGGAAAAUUUUCAAUAAAAUUGACUUCAAAUGAGGCAUCAGAAAGCAAGACAGUUUGGUCAUUGAAUCCUGUAGUAUCAGAAGAAAAAUGGAAAACAAUGGAAAUACCUUUAUCUGAUUCUGGUCAGCUUGUUAAAUAUUCAUUUGAAUUCAGUGGAGUUCAACUGUUUGCAGCUAUCGAUGAUAUUGUGGUUAACUAUUGUGAACAUCAAGAGACUCCUGCUUGCAUUCAUGAUGGUUUGAUUGAUCAAAAAUGUGUCAAAGUUGUUCCCUCUGCAUUUAACAAUUGGGUUUUCAAAAACCCCAGUCAAUUACCUAAAACUUCAGAACUUGAUUACAAAUUUAAAAACGACUUUGUUUUAUUUUUCGAUGAACCAGUUGAUUUCCGUGAUAUUAGUUCCUUUUCUUACUUUUACGUUUCCAAUGUGAAGCCAAAUGUUGAAUAUUGUCUAAAGUUCUGGUAUUCAAUCGCUGGAAAUAUUGAAUUGAAUUUAUGGACUGAUAAAAUGGACUCAGAUUUUAAUCAGUAUCUUCGACAAACUCCUAUCGUCAAAUUAAACAGUCAUUCUGGUGGUGAUUGGGAUCAAGCAAAAAUACAAUUGGAUGAUUUAAAUGAAGAAAGCAAAUUAAUUUUUGGUGCAAGUCAGACAUCCAAUUCUCAUGGAACAAUUAUCAUUGAUGGACUAGAAUUGACCGAAGGAACAUGUUCAAUUGAUUAUAAUUAUUUUUGCGACUUUGAAAAGGACUGCUCAUUAAAUAAUCUUGAUAAAGAUAAAUCACUCGUUUUGAUUGGAUCUGGUGAUGAAUACAAAGCAACAACGGAAUGGGCCAUUUUUUUGGCUAGAGUGAAAACCCCAAGCAGGGACGCAACGUUGGGAACUUCGAAAGGGCAUUACAUGACUUUGAAGAAAAACUAUGAAACUGCGAUCCUUACGUUUCCACCAAUCUACUUGUCUGAAAAAACAGCUGAAAUGUGUCUAUCUAUGCAGGUCUAUCGUAUUGGUAAAAAUAAUAUUGAAAUCAUCACUGAACAAGGUGGAGUGUAUAAAUUCGUUGAAAAAGGCGUAAUCGAUGAAACUAGUUGGACGACUUUUCAGGCUUUAGUGAAGUUCAAUCCCGAUUUAUCCAAAGCUGCUCGUGUUUAUCUUGUUGGAAGUGGUGCACUUGCUAUCGAUGACAUCUCUAUUAAGACGGGUAGCUGUGAUGAAUCUCCAUUUGUUUGUAAAAAUGGGAAAACAUUAUUGGGACACCAAGUCUGUGAUUUCAUUGCAGAUUGUCCAACAGGUGAAGACGAGCAUAAUUGUGGUGAUUGCUCUUUUGAGGAUGACUUUUGUGAUUAUUGGAAAGACAAUCGAGCCAAUUGGUUUAUCAAAAAUGGUCAGGCAAACGUAAAAGCCAAAGGUAAAUUUUACGGCUCUUCAAAAAAAGAUGCUGAUCUUACUAGUCAACCUUUAAGACCAACUGCACCAACUUGUAAAUUACAGAUUAACUAUGGAAAGGAUGUUAGUGAUCUUAAUCAACUCAAGGUGCUAUUGAUGUUCCAAGAUGGACAUACAGUUGAAGUGUGGGACGAAUCAAUGUUGAAAUCGAUUCAGAAUGGCAUUGUUGAAAUCAACUUAGGUCGAAUACCAAUUUCAUUUAAUCUUCACUUCUUCGCUCAGUUGAGAAGUUCACAGUCAUUAAGUUUUGGUCCAGUGAAGUUCAUUGACUGUGGCUACAAGGAUACUAUUGAUAGCUUUGAUUCAAGUGAAAUUUAUACUUGUAAAAAUGGAAGGCGCAUAAGUCAAGAUCAAGUGUGUGAUCAAUCAAUUGAUUGUUUCGAUGGUGAUGAUGAGUUUAAUUGCGACAAUUACAGGAUUUACUCAUUUGAAGAUAGCAGUGAUGCUGAGUACUGGACUAAUUUAUCCAAUGAAAAAUCAAAAUGGGGUUUGGCUAAAACUGGUGAUAAAGUUAUCACAACACCAACAAGAGAUCAUUCAAAAGGACUAGAAAAUUCGGGUUACAUGGCUCUUUAUCCAAAGUACGAUUCUUUAACUGAUUCUUCCGAUAGAAGCAUUCCGAAAGAAAUUAAAUUAGCUAGUCCAGAGUUAACAUCAGUUGAUAAUUGUUCAAUGGUCUUCUAUUAUAAUACCGCUGGAGUCACUCUUUUAGUUUCACUCGUUGAUGGUAACUCUAAUUAUACCCAGUUACAUGAACUACCAUUUGAUGAUGUUUUUGGUUUCAAACGUAAACGUAUAAACCUUAAAAAGGGUGACAUUUCUGUUCCAUUCAAUUUCGUUUUCACGGCCAAAUAUUCAGAAUAUGAACAAGGAAAUUACCAAAGUAAUUAUUAUGCUGUUAUCGAUGAUAUUAUUAUUAGUGAUUCAUGUUUUGAUAAAUCUGAUGAUCCAAUUAAUACGAUAACAUCUGACUGUCCUAAAAACGAAUUCCGUUGCAAAACAGAUUUUGGAUCAGUUUGUCUUCAAAAUGAUAGAUUAUGUGAUUACAAUAUUGAUUGUUUGGAUGGUGUUGAUGAACUCUAUUGUGGUCUUUGUGAGUUUGAUAAUCAAUCUCUUUGCGGUUGGACCAAUGAAGGUGAAGACGAUUGGGUCGUUUUUGACAAAUACAAGGGAAAUAAUUAUAAUGCUAGGAUACCAGAAAAAAAUAAACCAAAAAAUUUUAUAGUUCCAGAAAAACGUUCAAAUAAUCUUCGAGCUAUACUUAAAUCACCAAGACUUGGUAAAACCUCGCCAAACUGUCGCUUUAAUUUUACAUAUUUCCUUGCCGAUAAAGCUUCAAUGACAGCUAGAUUAAGAAAUGAUCUUGAAUCAGUUACAAAAAAGGUGUUUGAUUUAGACCAUGCAGAUGAAUGGAGUGACAAGCUAUUAGCGCUUGGAUCACUUGACCCAGGUUAUUACAUACAAUUUGUUUUAGAUGUACAAUCAACUGAUGAUACUAGAGUACAUGGUGGACUAGGAUCUUUUCAAUUAGUAAAUUGUGAUCCCUAUGAAAAACAUGAGACCACUACAACCACCAAACCGGUUCCUACAGAACCUGAACAACCCAUCACUGCAAAACCCACCAAAAUACCUCCAAAGCCAACUACUGAACAUCAUGAACCAACACCUGCACCCUCAAUUAGACCAUCUCCUCACACUGAAGUAACUACACAGGAAAGCAAAAUUCCAACUGUUCCUGAACCAACGACACCUAGUAACAUAGAUAAAUAUGUGCCGACUACGACUACCAAUAAACACAUCCCAACAGAAACUGAACAACCUAUCUUGAUAAAGUCCACCAAAAUACCUACCGAGCCAACUACUGAACAUAAUGAACCUACACUUACACCUGCACCCUCAAUCAAACCAUCUACUCACAUUUAUGGAACUACGCAGAAAAGCGAGACUGUUCCUGGUUCAACGACGCCUAGUAAUAUUGAUAAACAUGAGCCAACUUCAACUACCAAUAAACCCGUUCCAACAGAAACUGAACAACGCAUCACGGCCAAACCCACCAAAAUAAACACCGAGGCAACUACUGAACAUCAUGAGUCUACAUUUACAUCUACACCUAUAUCCUCACCUACACCCUCAAUUAAACCAUCUUCACAAACUGAAGUAACUAAACUGGAAAGCGAAACUGUUGCUGGACUAACGACACUUAGUAACAUAGAUAAACAUGAGUCCACUACGACCACCAAUAAGCCCGUUCCGACAGAAACUGAACAAUCCAUCACGACAAAGCUCACCGAAAUACCUACCAAGACAACUACUGAAUCUCCUGAACCUACAUCUUCACUUACACCCUCAAUUAAACCAUCUCCUCACACUGAUGGAACUACACAAGAAAACGAAAUUCCAACUGUUCCUGAACCAACGACACCUCAUGAUAUAGAUAUCCCUGUUACUGCUGCUAAUCAUGAUAAAGUUCAAAAAUAUCAAGGAGUCACUCUUGGAUCAGCACCAUUCAUUUUACUGGGAGUUAUAACAAUUGUCUUGGGUGCUGUUUUAUUAGCAAAAGGAAAAACCUGUUUAACCUUUUCAUUUGCUUUUACAUUUCUACGAAAAGGUACAAAUACAUAUGAAUUGAGCCAUAAAAGCUAAGCCAAAUAAAAACAGCCAAACUGAUUAUCAAUCAUAUUCAAUUAAAGCUGAUUAAACUUUUCCUUUUUCAUCGCUAA